UUUUUAUAUGUAGUAAGUUCUAUCCGAAACCUGAAUUUGGAACUAAUAAUAGAGAAACGGGUCAAGCAUAUGCCACGUGGAAGCAUUUGGAAUGGAUGGGAUUGGGUAGCGUAAUUGACCCGACUAGACGCAUAACGGUAUUAUUCACUGUCCCAUAUCUAGAAAACUCAAUUCACAGCUUAAUUUCUUCAUUCUAAACAACAAAAUAUGCCCUCAGAUCUCACUCACUUCCCCUAACAAGCAGCACCCCAGUAUCCAACAAACAAUCAAGCUAAGCUUUCCAUCCAAUGGCUACCUUGCAGAAAUUCAAGCUCCUGGCGACUCAGUGCGCCGUAGCGGCUGCAAGCCCGUCGCGGAGCCCAGUCAUACAGCUCCGACGCCGCAAGACCCUCCGCAUGCUCCUCUAUCGCAACGAUCACCGUGGCGGGUUCUUUUCCCGAGACGACUUUCCGGAGCUCCGAGCGGAUCCCAAUCGUACGCUGCAGGAUAAGAAGAAAAAGAAGGAGAAGAAGAAGAAGAAGAACGAGGAGGUUCGGAUCCGGCACAAGCUGAAGGACCUGUUCGUGUCCUCACCACCGCUUGAGGAUAGGGUUUCGGACAAGAGAUUCGAAAAAGAAGAAGCAGAAGCAGAAGAACGAGCAGUCGGGUUGUUUCUGGCAAACGGGAGUAGCGAUGGUGGAACCCCCGCUCCUCGGCGUGAGGGAAACGGAGGAGCCGGUUCUUUUACGACGACGUUCCGGUAUAGAUUGCUUAGAAGAGCUUGGCGACCCGUACUCGUUUCGAUCACAGAGUAGCGGCAGAAAGGAACGAAAUGUACGGAUUUUUUCUGUUGAUUACUUUUCUUUUAAUUUUUUGUCUUUUUUGGAAAAAUCAAUGUAUAUUUUGUUGGUUUGCUAACGGGCACGGCCCACUGCUAUCUUAAGCGUCUGACGGAGGCGUAAAGUCCUGAACCUCUUCGGCUAGAAAUUGGAGCAGGAACGUGGGAGGUGGUCUGGACAGGACAGGCGCCUCUUACCGUAAAAUUCUUAGGAAAAAAAUGAAAAAUUUGGGAAAUCAUGGAUCUUAAAAGAGGUUCUGUUAUGGUGUUGGGGGUGGCCUCGUGGGGUUGGGUUUAUGAGGGUGGUGGCCAUGGAUGAUGAUGACAAGGUCAAGACAAAGGACACCAAGAACAAAUUACUUAGUUCUUAAUAAAAGCUGCAUGCGUCUCCAAACUCCAUUGCAGCUUAAUUAGCAUCCAUGCGUUGCUGUUUGGAGAUUUUUCCAUAACAAAAUUAGUUUUUGUUUCUGUUUUGGCCAUUAGAGAACGAACCCAUUGAUAUUGAAAAUCAUGUUAACCAUAUAUGAAUUACAGAUGGCUGUACUUGCAAUGCGUAA